GAGAAUAAAAAGGAGACCGGAUGUUGACAAAUAUUAUGUCACUGUUCUUAGAAGUUCGUUUGUUUGUGUGAAGAUUUCUUAUCUGGGAUCUCUCCUUCUCUCUCAUCAAAAACCCAAACUUUCUCUCUCUAAAAAACCUUCCAGAGAGAGAAAGAGAGAGAAAGAGAGUGGCCCAGCAGAUCGAAAAUCUUGUUCAUCUUUUUCAUGAAGUCAUGAUCUAACCUCCUUCAAUGGUGGUUUUUGUAUCUUUCUUUAUUGUUCCAAUAACAACUUUUAUUAAUUAUUAAUUAUUAUUUGUCAUUUAUCGUUACCACCUGUCUAUUUUUGGUUCAAGAUUCUUGUGUUCUUAUGGUCAAUGAUUCGGUCAACUGUGAAUUCUUGAAGCACAGGACAGAACAGAACAGGAUGCUGGUCUAAGGAAUGGGAACAGAGGUACAGUAUAAAAGCUUGUUUGAAGGGUAUUACGCCAUGGGGGAUGUUAACGAGGAUUCGAAUAGCAGCAGCUGGCCCGUCUUUUAUGGAGAAAAACCUUUGACUAAUGGCCACUAUUACAAUGGUUUUAUACCAAGGAUCGUUGCGGAUGCUAAUCCGGGGUGUGAUAAGGAGGCGUUAAAGCAAAGAAUGCUUGAACAUGAAGCAAUCUUCAAGAAUCAGGUUCAUGAACUUCAUCGUCUUUAUCAAAGACAAAGAGACAUGAUGGAAGAAAUUAAAAGGAAUGAGUACCAUAAACAUCGUAUUUCAAUCGACACGUCAUCAUCUUCAAGUCUCUUACCUUCACAAAAGCCUUACGAAGACAGUCAAAAAUGGCAAAUUCCAAGCUUCCCGUUCAACUCGUGUGCUCGAUCAUCAAUUUUCGGAACAGAUAUAAUUAAUUCUCCUUUAAGUUGUUCAAAAGGGAAUAAUAAUAAUAAUAAUAAUAAUAAUAAUAAUAAUAAUAAUAAUAAUAAUAAUAAUAAUAAUAAUAAUAAUAGUUCGAAGGAUUGUGAAAUAAUGGAAAGUAGACCUACAAAAGUUCGGAAAAAAUUAUUCGAUCUUGAACUCCUGCCUGAUGACAACGUUGACAAUGAACAUGAAGAACACGAAGAAAUCGAAUGUAAACAGGCAUCCGAAGAAUCAAGUUAUAAGGAUACUUCAUUGCGACAAUGUUUUAGGGGGUCAAGUGGAUUAGCUGAUCUUAAUGAACCCAUUAAUGUCGAAGAACCAAUGGCUCAUGGGUCAGUUGAUGGUAUUGGACCCUUGUCAAAAUCAAAAGGGUCACCGUUUCUUGACCCGACCCGUGAUCUAUUUGAAAAGUCUCAAAGUUGUGCAUAUAACCCGUUAUUGCUCAAUACACGAGAAACAGGAACUUAUCCUGAGAUUUCUAAUAAAGUUCGGGAUAAUUACCGUUUUACCCCUAUGCCGUUUCCUACUUUGUGUGCAUCUAGUUCAUCUCCGUAUAUGAAUCCCGCAGAUUUGGGUCAUUCUCUAGGAAAGUCAAAUGGUAGUUUGACUCAUAAGUUGACCUCAUUUCAGAAACAACCAUCUUUUCUAUCGCCUCCACAGAAUCAUGUGGUUGUUGGAGACAAGUGGCGUAUGAGCGGAUGUUAUACAUCAAAUGGAUUUUUUCACGGGUCGUCAUCUGGGUCAAAAGAUCCGUAUGCCCGUUUUCCUUCUGGUGGGUUUGAUCAUCGAAACUACAAUAAUCAGGUUGAUAGGUCGCAAAAGAUCUUCAACGGUUCAAACUUUAUAGAUUUGACCGAUACUACCAAAGGCAUUGACUUGAAUAAUAACAGCAAUAGUUCAAGAAAAUGUGACGAAACCGUGCUGCCAUGGCUUCAAGCAAGACCAAAUAUCAGUAAAAAUGAUCUACAUUGUGAUGAUCGUGCGGAAAAAGGUGAUUGUUUGGGUAAUAAUGAGAAGAUUCUUGGGUUUUCGGUUUUUGGGAAUUCUUGCAUAUCGAAAAACGAAUCGUCAUCACUUGUAUCCACGUCAGCAUCACUUCGUUGCCCUCACGAAAAUGGAAAAAUAAAAACUGAAAUGGAAAACCGAGGAUUUGAUAUUAAUAUCGCUUGGGAUGAUCAUGCAAACGAGCAGGUUGAUGUGGAGGAUUUUAAUCUCGGGAAAAAACCCGACAAAGAAGUCGAUAAAAUCAAGAACCAUUUUGACUUGAAUUCUUGUUUGACCGAGGAUGAAGAUGUUUUAGUACUAGAGAAACCGAAGAAGAUAACAAUGGAGAUUGAUUUAGAAGCUCCUGCUGUUCCGGAGGCUGAGGAAGAAGAAGCCAUUGAUGACGUCGAGAAAAUCGAUCAUGGUGAUGAUGAAUUUCUUGCCAAGGUGGCAGCUGAAGCCAUAGUUGCGAUGACCGGGAUAUCCGGUCAGCACGAUGAAGCAGGGUCGUUGUCUGACAUGGCGCUUCGUUCUAAUGACAAUGACCGCCUCCUAUGGUUUGUCGAGGUAAUUGAGAAUACGUGUUUUUUCUCUAACGAGACGGAUGAAUUUGAAGAGUUGACUUUGCAACAAGAGUUGACUAAAGAAGAAGAUUACAUGCCCAAGCCUCUGGCUCUUGAUUACCAGGAGCCAGAUGAAGCGGGCCCGUCAGUGGGCCCGACCCGACCCAGAAGAGGUCAAGCGAGGCGAGGUAGGCCUAGGAGGGAUUUCCAAAGGGACAUCCUUCCUGGGCUGGUUUCUCUUUCGAGACAUGAAGUAACCGAAGAUCUUCAGAUAUUCGGAGGGUUAAUGCGAGCUACAGGGCAUUCUUGGAAUGCGGGACUGACGAGGAGAAAUGGAACCAAGGGAAGGCGGAAGUCCGUGAUGGUGGCUAUGGAGCCGCCACCUCCUAGCGUCACCCCACCCCCGCCACCUCCGCCACCACCCCCACCAUUGUCGAAGGUGGUGGGAUUGGAGGAAGGAAGCUUAACGGGGUGGGGGAAGACAACUAGACGUCCUCGGAGACAACGAUGUGCUGCGGGUGCUUCGGUGGUGGUCCCGCUAACGUAGUUUUUGUGCUUUUUUUUAAUAUUAUUAUCAUUAUUAUAUCUACAUGAACUCUGAAUUAUAGAGGGAGGUAAAGCAAUUUAGGGAAAGUUGAUUUAUUGGUUGUUGAGAGUGAAAUUGUUGUGGGUAUUGCCAUUAUA